UUCUUCCUCUUCUUCUUCCUCACUUCAACUGCUCUCGGCAGCAGUAGACAUGGAUGCGUUCCCGUGAAUCAGAGGAAGAUGCUGCGCUGACAGGGAGGGGAUUCCUGCAGGAAUAGGAAGGUUUUCUCGUUUUUUUUUACACCAUGGAUCUGUACUGACAUCCUCACAGUUCAGCGUGUCAUCAGACCGGGUUUUGUAUCCCGCACCACGGGAUUUGUGCUUCAUCCAUCCCGUAGAAACAUCGGGCUGUGACGCAUGUGUAGCAUCUCUAUCUGCUGCAGAAACAUGGACACACACUUCGCGUCACCGGGAUAUUAAUCUAAUUUAAAACAGCUGCGACACAUGUGUGGUUAUUCCUCUCACCUGCUGAGCACCUGAAGUUAACUUUUCCUGCUGGAUCUCCAUGCAGUGAUUCCUACUUUCUGCGGGAUUUAGCGCUUUGUGCAGCGGGACAUCAUGUGGACACCGACGGAGGACGAGAAGAUAGGAGUCGUGAUCUGCAGCCUUCGGGGCUCGCUGACUCACAGUCUGGUUCUGGAGGUGGGAGAGACCGUGCAGAUUCUGGAGAAAUGUGAAGGAUGGUACAGAGGAUUCUCAACGAGGAAGCCAAAUGUCAAGGGAGUUUUCCCAGCGAGCUACAUCCAACUGAAGAAGGCCAUCGUCACCAACAGAGGGCCUCAUGAGACGGUGGUUCCUCUGGAGGAUCCGAUCAUCACCGAGGUGACGGCAACUCUUCAGGAAUGGGCUUUACUGUGGAAACAACUCUAUGUGAAACACAAGGUGGACCUGUUCUAUAAGGUGCGUCACGUGAUGCUGGAGCUGCUGGACCUGAGGAGGCAGAUGCUGUCGGGUCACCUGACGCAGGAGCAGAGCCGAGACGUGAAGAGACACAUCACUGUGAGGCUGGAUUGGGGCAACGAACACAUGGGUCUGGACCUGGUGCCCAGGAAGGAGUUUGAGAUGGUGGAUGAAGACCAGAUCAGCGUGUCAGAUCUUUAUAAGAUGCACCUCUCCAGCAGACACAGCGUCCAACAGAGCACCACACAGGCUGAUGGUCGGGGUCAGAGACACGGCGAGCCCUGCAGAGUGCCGGUGCCUCACCACCUGCUGGUCAACCUGAAGAGCUUCACCUACAACAGCAUCGGAGAGGACACGGACAUCUUCUUCUCUCUGUACGACCUGAGGGAGGGCAAGACCAUCAGUGAGAAGUUCAUGGUGAGACUGAACAAGAACGGAGGACCGAAGAACCCGGAGAAGGUGGACAGACUGUGUGCCCUCUUCACGGAUCUGAGCAACAAAGACAUGAAGAGAGAUCUGUACAUCGUCUCUCAGGUCAUCAGAACAGGCCGCAUGCUGCUGAACGACAGUAAAAAAGGUCCUCCUCACGUUCAAUACCGCCGGCCGUACGGAUGUGCCGUCCUCGCCAUGAGCGACGUGCUGCAGACCAUCUCUGAGCUGAAGGAGGAGAAGGACUUUGUGCUGAAGGUCUACACGUGUAACAAUGAGAACGAAUGGUACCAGAUCCACGAGAACAUCAUCCGCAAGUCCAGCACCAAAUACACCGCGCCCAGCACCAACUACGGUCUCAUCAUCUCCCUUCAGCUGCUGAGAGGAGACAUGGAUCAGCUCCGCAGAGAAAACCCUCUGAUCUUCAGCCGAGGAGUCGCUAUGACCCGGAAACUGGGCUUCCCCGACGUCAUCAUGCCAGGAGACAUCCGGAACGUGUACCUGACCCUGGAGCGAGGCGACUUCGAGAGAGGAGGGGAAGAGCGUUCAGAAAACAUCGAAGUCACCGUCUACGUGUUGUACGCCGACGGAGAGAUCCUCAAGGAGUGCAUCAGCCUGGGGUCCGGGGAGCCCCCCCUCCCAGAGCACCGCUCCUUCGUCCUCUAUCACAACAACAGCCCUCGAUGGAGCGAAGUCAUCAAGCUGCCGAUCCCCGUCGACCGCUUCAGAGGGUCGCACCUCCGCUUCGAGUUCAGACACUGCUCCACGAAAGACAAAGGGGAGAAGAAGCUGUUUGGUUUCUCCUUCACUCCUCUGAUGAGAGAGGAUGGAACCACGCUGUCAGACGAGAGCCACGAACUCUACGUCUACAAGUGUGAUGAGAACACGCUCUUCAGUAACCACGCCCUGUACCUCGGGCUGCCCUGCUGCAAAGAGGACUUCAACAGCUGCUCCAGCCUGCCCUCCAGCCUGGUGUUCCAGCGCAGCGCCAAGGAGAACUUCUGGAUCCAAACCCAGCUCUCCUCCACCAAACUCACUCAGAACGUGGAUCUGCUGGCGCUGCUGAAGUGGAAAGCUCAUCCGGACCGAGUGAUGGACAUCCUGGGCCGACUGCGGCACGUCAGCGGAGAGGAGAUCGUCAAGGCCGCCCUGCUGAACUCCUUCCCAGCGAUCUUUGAUGAGUUGCUCCAGAUGUUCACGGUGCAGGAGGUGGCAGAGUUUGUCCGAGGGACUCUGGGCAGUCUGCCCUCUACGCUGCACAUCGGGCAGUCCAUGGACGUGGUGAAGCUGCAGUCCAUCGCCAGGACCGUGGACAGCCGGCUCUUCUCCUUCCCAGAGUCCCGGAGGAUCCUCCUCCCUGUGGUUCUUCAUCACAUCCACCUCCACCUGAGGCAGCAGAAAGAACUGCUCAUCUGCUCAGGAAUACUCAGCUCCAUCUUCUCCAUCAUCAAGAGCAGCUCCAUGGACACCUCAGUGCAGGAGGAGGUGGAGAUGAUGGUGGAGUCUCUUCUGGACGUGCUCCUUCAGGCCCUGCUGUCCAUCAUGAGCAAGAGCCAAUCGCAGGAGGCGGUAAGAGGUCAACGCUGCCCUCAGUGCACCGCGGAGAUCACUGGAGAGUACGUGUCCUGCCUGCUGUCGCUCCUCCGUCAGAUGACAGACAUCCACUUCCAACGACUGGUGGAAAACUUCCAGAGCAAAGAGGAGCUGAAGGAGUUCUUGUUGAAGAUCUUGUGUGUGUUCAGAAAUCUGAUGAAGCUCAGCAUUUUCCCUCGAGACUGGAACAUCAUGAGGCUGCUCACCAGCAACAUCAUCCUGACCACAGCUCAGUACCUCUCUCCCGCUCUGCACAAGAACUUCACUGAAGCUGAGUUUGACUUUAAGGUGUGGAACUCCUACUUCAGUCUGGCGGUGCUCUACAUCAACCAGCCCAGUUUACAGCUGGAGACUCUGAUUCCUGCCAAGAGGAAGAAGGUGCUAGACAAGUACGGAGACAUGAGAGUGAUGAUGACCUACGAGCUGUUCAGCAUGUGGCAGAACCUUGGAGAGAAUAAGAUCCACUUCAUCCCCGGGAUGAUCGGGCCGUUCCUGGGAGUGACCUUGGUUCCUCAGCUGGAGGUCAGGAACAUCAUGAUCCCAAUCUUCCACGACAUGAUGGACUGGGAGCAGCGCAAGAAUGGGAACUUCAAGCAGGUGGAGGCGGAGCUGAUCGAUAAACUGGACAGUUUGGUGUCUGAGGGGAAAGGAGACGAGAACUACAGGGAGCUCUUCGGUUUACUAACGCAGCUGUUUGGGCCGUACCCCAGCCUGCUGGAGAAGAUCGAGCAGGAGACAUGGAGAGAGACGGGAAUCUCCUUCGUCACCUCUGUCACACGACUGAUGGAGAGACUGCUGGACUACAGAGACUGCAUGAAGGGAGAUGAGACGGAAAACAAGAAGAUCGGCUGCACUGUAAACCUCCUGAAUUUCUACAAGUCGGACAUCAACAAGGAGGAGAUGUACAUCCGUUACAUUCACAAACUGUGUGACAUGCAUCUGCAGGCAGAGAACUACACCGAGGCUGGCUUCACGCUGCUUCUCUACUGGGAGCUGCUCCACUGGGACGAGCGUCCUCUGAAGGACUUCCUGCAUUAUCCCGCUCAGACGGAGUGGCAUCGUAAGGAGGGGCUCUGCAGGAAGGUCGUACACUACUUCAACAAGGGCAAGUGUUGGGUUGGUAUCCCUCUGUGCAGGGAGCUGGCCUUCCAAUAUGAAACUCUGUACGACUACCAGAGUCUCAGCUGGAUACGGAAAAUGGAGGCAGCGUACUAUGACAACAUUAUGGAGCAGCAGCGUCUGGAGCCGGAGUUUUUCCGGGUCGGAUUUUACGGCAGGAAGUUUCCCUUCUUCCUCAGAAACAAAGAGUUUGUUUGUCGCGGCCAUGACUACGAGAGGCUAGAGGCCUUCCAGCAAAGGAUGCUGGGAGAAUUCCCACAAGCCAUUGCGAUGCAGCAUCCCAACCAACCGGACGAGGCCAUUCUGCAGUGUGACGCCCAGUACCUGCAGAUCUACGCUGUGUCUGCGGUGCCGGACAACCUGGGCGUGCUGCAGAUGGACCGCGUCCCAGACCGCAUCAAGAGCUUCUACCGGGUCAACAACGUGCUGCGCUUCAGAUACGAUCGGCCCUUCCAUAAAGGCUCCAAGGACAGAGACAACGAGUUCAAGAGUCUCUGGAUCGAGAGGACGACUCUGAUCCUGACUCACCCUCUGCCCGGGAUCUCACGCUGGUUCGAGGUGGAGAAGAGGGAGCUGGUGGAGGUGAGUCCGCUGGAGAACGCCCUCUCUGUGGUGGAGAAUAAGAACCAGGAGCUGCGGACUCUGAUCAGUCAGUACCAACACAAGCAGCUCCACGGGAACAUCAACCUGCUCAGCAUGACUCUGAACGGGGUGAUCGACGCCGCCGUCAACGGAGGCAUCGCCCGCUACCAAGAGGCUUUCUUUGAUAAGGAGUACAUCACCAGCCAUCCUGAAGACACCGAGAAGAUCACACAACUCAAAGACCUGAUGCAGGAGCAGGUUCACAUCCUGGGAGUCGGCCUGGCGGUGCACGAGAAGCUGGUGCACCCAGAAAUGCGUCCCCUGCACAAAAAGCUGAUAGAUCAGUUCCAGAUGAUGAGAAGCAGCCUCUGCCAAGGUCUUCCUGGUUUAGAGAAAUCUGGAUCCGGAGCAAACACCCCCCGAGGGAUUAUGAGCCCCGAGAGCUUCAAACUGAUGCACCGACACAGUCCCAUAGCUGUUCUGACAGCUGUGCGCCCCCCCUCCUCUCUCUCCUCCCCCUCCUCCAGUGAGACGGUGGGCAGCCUUUUGAUCCUGGAGCAUCCUGAGGACUUCUACCGCAUGCAGGCAAGCCCCUCCUCCUCCAGCCUAAGCUCCACCCACUCUGCUCCCUCUCAGAUGAUAAACUCCGCCCCCUCCACCAUCAGAGUGGGCUCUCCUUCUCUUCCGGACAAAUAUCGACACAACCGAGAGAUGUUGAUGCUGCUGCCGCCUCACAGAGACCGGCCGAGCAGCGCCAUGUACUCAAACAUCGAGAACGGACAGCCAACGAACCUCCAGAGGGCUUUGUUCCACCAGGUGAUGAUCGGACCAUGCAAACCCUGCAGCGACCCAAACCUCUCUGUGGCCGAGAAAGUCCUCACCACCCCCAGUAGCUGGAGUUUGGACAGCGGCACGAGAGACGUCCUCCCUUUCCUCUCGGCUCACGUUGGCGUCCUGGCGCCUCCCGUUCCCCCCCGCAACCUGCCACAUGGGCAACACCUGUCGAUGCACUUUGACGCUUUCCACCACCAGGUCAGCGACCUUCCUCCAGCUCUCCCUGCGCGAUCCUUAAGAAAGUCUCCCCUUCACCCUAUACCUGCCUCGCCCACCAGUCCUCAGUCCGUCCUGGAUGGCAGUAGCUCCACUCUGUCGGGCAGCGCCAGCUCAGGGGUCUCCUCCCUCAGCGAGAGUAACUUCGGCCCCCCGUCCUCCUCCUCCUGUGACCCCCCUAUCGGCCCCCUGGAUUCAGCCCCCAUUAGCGCCGUGGACCCCGAGGACCUGGACUACCAACCCAUCCGAUUCAGUGGCUCAGAAUCCGAAGUUGUGGGAGGAAACAUCCAACAAGACCUCCAGAAUAUUCACUAUUAUCAUCACUACAUCCCCCAUCUUCCGCCGCUUUACCACCUCCAUCACGAGCCCCCCGCCCUGCCCCCUAAACCCUACCUCAGAGAGGGGUGCAUCCCUGAAGAAGACACCCAAACACCGAUGCCUCGCCCCAUGCCGAGAAAAAUCUCCCAGCCGAUCAUCGCUGCGACGAAAGAGGAGCAGGCGAAGGUGGCGUGGGAAACUGGGGUCAGCGAGGAGUAACGGGUGGGAUCUAAAUGUAUAAACUUUUAAUUCCAGAAGAACGAAUAAACUCAGAGUCGCUCUGAUAACCAAACUAAUGGAACAUUUAUAUACUCGACUUUAUCAGCUGAAUCACUUUCACCAGACCCUCAUGUUUCUUCCUGUCUGAGCACAAUCAAUGUAUUCAUCAUCAUAAUGUCGCACCUGCACUGAAAAGACCACCAUCGAUGGUUUGGAAAUACCUUUUUUCGCCAUAAAAUCCCCCCUUGAUGAAUGAUUUUGGUGUCAAAUCAUACAUUUCUGAUCACGUAGAAACCAAAUUCAGACGUGAGGAAUAAAUCAGAAGCUUCUUCAUACGACCUCUGAGACCAUACCAUCGAAACCAUCUGCCAAUGGAAAACUGGGCAGUUCAUUAUGUUGCAUCCUUAGUGAAAUUACACAGACUCAUGGGAUUUCAGUUUGAAUCAUAACAUCAGACUCAUGGGAUUUAAAUGUACAAACUUUUUCCAGAAGCGGGAAUAAACCCAGACUAACUCUCCGAUCCGAAAACCAAACGAAUGGAGCAUUUGAAUACUCAACGUUAUCAGCAGAAACACCGUUUACCAAAUCCUCAUUAACGUUAGCAUCACCAUUUAUUAAUCCCUGAGGGGAAAUUAAAUGUUUUUACAUGUUGCAUCCUGUUAGCACAGUUAGCUUGAUUUAUUUUUUACUAUUUAAUCACUAAAUCCAUCGUAAUAACGUUACACCUGUACUGUAAUUGCACAGACUCAUGAGAUUUCAUUUUGAUCAUAACAUUAUCACGGGGGAUUUAAAUGUACAAACCUUUUCCAGAAGACAGAAUACGAUUCGAUACAAUAUGUUACUAUUCGAUAAGUUACGAUACAAUACGUUACUAUUCAAUAGGUUACGAUUCAAUACAAUACGAUUCAAUACAAUACGAUACGUUACUAUUCGAUAUUUAACUAUUCGAUAUUUAACUAUUCGAUAAGCUACAAUUCGAUACUUUACGAUUCCAUAAGUUACUAUCAGAUUCGAUACGUUACUAUUCGAUACGUUACUCUUCGAUACGUUACUCUUCGAUACGUUACUCUUCGAUACGUUACUAUUCGAUACGUUACUCUUCGAUACGUUACUAUUCGAUACGUUACUCUUCGCGUUACUCUUCGAUACGUUACUCUUCGAUACGUUACUAUUCGAUACGUUACUCUUCGAUACGUUACUCUUCGAUACGUUACUAUUCGAUACAUUACUAUUCGAUACGUUACUCUUCGCGUUACUCUUCGAUACGUUACUCUUCGCGUUACU